GAACCAAUUAAAUUCAAAUCACGAGUUACCACUGUAUAAAUCUGAAAAGGUUACAUUAAUAUCCUUGGGAAUUAUGGUACUUUGGGUUCAUUUAGGUUGGGUUAGUGCCUUUACACACACACACACACACAUGUAGGGAAGAGGAAAGGGAGGCAAGAAGGAGCAGGUAGGGGGGAGGGAAUAGAAGGGGGAUAAGGUGAUCUGUCUUGGAAUAGUAUGGCGUGCGCACACACACAUACACACACACACACACACAUACAUACAUACGCACACACAUCCAAAAUUAAUCCAGAAAAUAGAUAGAUAACCUCCAAAAUAACCCCACAUAAUAAAUGAGGAGAAGGUGAAGGUAUAGAUCCACCCACACCAAUAUAACGCUCACCAAGCCAUCCACUCAAUCACACCCUACUAUAUACUCAACGACAUCCACCUGUUCGCUCAUCCACUCGCCCAUCCACCUACCCAAUCAACAACAUCGAUAUAUCCAUCCAUCCACAUACACCCAUUAGCUCAUCCAUCCAGCUACCUACUGAACCACAUCCAUCCAUUCAUCCAUCCACUUACUCACAUCUACCCACCCACCCACAUCCAUCGGCCUAUUCAUCUAGCUACCCAUUCAACAACAUCCAUCCAUUCAUCCACCCAUCCACCCCCUCACAUCUAUCCACUCACCCACAUCCAUUAGUCCAUCCAUCCAGCCAUACACUCACACCCAUCCAUUAAACUAAAAACAAUCCACCCAUCCAUCCACCCACUCACACCCACCCAUCCAGUUCCAUUAGCUCACCUAUCCAGUCAAACACACCCAUCCACUCAACUACAUCCAUCCACUCACAUCCACGCACAUUCAUUACCCCUUUCAACUUGCUACCCACCGAAUCACAUUCAUCUAUCAAUCCAUUCACCCAUCCACAUCCAUUAAGCUAUCCAUCCAGCCACCUCCCCUAGACCCACCCACUCAAUUACAUCCACUCAUUCGCCCCAAACCCACUACCUACAGACCCAUCCACCCGUCGAUUCAUCUCCACACACCCAUCUACUCACUCACCUAUACACCCAUCCACUCAACCACAUCCGCUCAUUCAACAACCAUCCAUUCACCCACACCCACAACCACGCCCUCAUUCAUCCAUUGCCCACCGACCUUCUACCAACUUACUCACUCAUUAAAAAAAAAAAAAAAAACGAGGAUUGCGGCGUCAUUCCUGCAGAGAAAGGACAUCGAAAGUUUAAUAUCCUGUAUUGGUGCUCCUUGAGUCACAGGAAAUCAACACUCCAGUCGCUCUUGUUAGUGAGGCUGCAGGAUGAAGGAACGUUGUCUCUACUUAUUCGCCUCCUUUCGCCGCUUGUCAAGUCCAAGAAAUCAACACUAUGUCGUCGCCGUGUCGCGACAGGCGUGAGACACCUGGCAGUGCCAAUCUGCCCUCGGGAAGUGAAGCAAGUCGUUGCACUGCUUCCCCGUUACCCAGCUGUGGCGGUGCAGUGGUCAUUUUCUACUCUUGAGAUCUUUGUGCAGAUCAGAUCUUUUGUGCAGGUCAGUAGUAAGGUUUUAUGCUUCACGUAACACUAGCAGCUACCGCACAGCUUACAAAUGGCACAAUUCGCCUCUAUAGUACUGAUCCCCUUGGUGGCGGCUGUGUGGAUCUUUCCUCCACCAGCACAGGUGAAGAAGGGCGUGAAGGCAGGAGGCAAAAGUCAAGAAACAAGGAUUUCUAAACACUCACUUGCCAAAAACCCGAGGCAGCCUCAUUUAGACCUGAACAUGCUGAUUGCUCGGCCAGACAACUCCUUAGAUGUGCAGGAGCAGCAGUUUGAUAUUGAGGGCCCACUUCGCUCAUGGGUCGGGAAAGCAUUCACUGAUGACUUUCUUCAGUACGAUGGCGUCUCUCUGCCCCUGCUCCUGAUGGUGGCAGUGGUGGGUUGCACGCAGCUGCUCAACUACUACAGGGAACACUUGGAACUCAUGAACCUGGACGCCGUUAUGGGGACGAGGAUCGCUGAAGGCCAGUUUAGCCUCGCGUUGGUGGACGUGUCGGCAGAAGAAGAGGACACGACAUUGAGGGAUCCGAGUUCGAGUGCCGUGGCGGCUGCGCUGAGGCGCUUACAGGUUGGUGCAGCGUUGGUCAGUGAGGCUGGUGAGGCACGCGUCAGGAAGGACGAUCCCCGGCAGUACGAAAAUCUUUGGGCGCUCCUGCAAGAGAACUUCUGGAAGGUGAGGCUGGCUGUCCCGCCCCUACCGUACCCCACCUCCCACAGCCCCGGCUCAGUCCUCGAGGGCCUCGAGCAGCUGAACGGGAGACAGACGGAUGAAUGCCUGAAGCAAGUGGCCAGCGGACGCGGGUGUGCCGUCACGAGAGGAUGCUUGCUGCUGAUGGGAAGUCAGAUUUAUUCAGGCUACUCUCUCACCCACCAGGUUCUCUUCCUCAUCGCUGGGGUGCAGGCCGGGUGUAAGGUUCACCUGGACACUCUGGCUGCGGAGCUGGGCGUCCAAGGAGGAGUGGGCGGCCUCCUCGCUCGCCUGUGCUCCGUCGUGCUGAGUGAGGCGAGGGAAAUAGCGCAGGCAGGCUUCCCUGAACACCGCCACGAUCUCUUCAUGGAGCAAGGGGCUGUGUGUGGGCUCUUGGGAUACCGCGCCUUCUUCCAAGAAGCGUGGGUGGAGCGGGUGCUGUCCUGGCAGCACGAGGCUGGAUGUUAUGGAGGUCACGGUCACCAGCACCUCUCUGCCACGCAACACGCCCCUGCACCGUUGGACUCGUUGUACAUUAGGGGCCGCCGAGACGAGCUUGUCAUGACCAGCGGCUGCCUGGCUCACCGCUCGGCAGUGGCGCUCGGCUACUUGGCUGUCUUCACCCGCCACGCCUCCGUCGACACAUAAGCAGAUUCUCAGUGAUCGUCCCUCAUCCUCCUGGCGCCUCAUUGCCUCUUUCAUCAAGAUGUACAACAUGACCAAGAAGCUUUGAAUAUUCGUACUCAUGCUGACAAGUGUUUAAUAAUUAACAUCAAAGAACUGUUAUAUGGAACGAUCCUUUCUGUAUGUCAACCAAUCACUGUAUCACCAUCACCUAAACGUCGAAGGCGCAGAGGGACAUGUUGCAGUCAUCCAUGAGAGGCACACUAUAUCUGUGUAUCUUAGGAGGAAAUGAGACCAACGGACUAUCUACGAAGACGGCGGGUAUCAAUGAGCUGUGAGGCCAGACGCACGGGAAAGGACGGAGAAAAGAACGGUCGUUGUGUGUGAAUGUUGUGUGUCGUAGUGGCUCGAAAUUCCUACAGUAACAAGAAUAAAGAGGAAUGAAGAUGAGUUGAGAUACAGACAUGAGUCACAGGUAUAAUAGCUACGUAUACUAGGAAGUCCUCAUAGUAGGUAUAUACUAGGGGCUCCUGGCAGCCUUUUAAGUAUCAUUACAUUACACUGCUGUUUUUAGUAAUGGUAGUUUAAAAGCAGUAUGUGGUACUUUGGCCAGUAUUACUUGUAUAUGUGCUAAUAAAAAGAUCCCCAA